CAUCUCACCCUCUUCUGUGCUUCCAAGUAUGGCCAUCGCCAAGGCAAAAGUCCUCCUCUCCGCCCUUGUUUUCCUCUCCAUCUCCCUCCUCUCGGCCGCCUCCGUCGUGUCCUACGACAACAUCGACCCCCGGCGGCGUCUCGAGCAGUGCAAGCAAGAGUGCCGCCAGAGUCGACAAGGCGAGCAGCAACGACGCUGGUGCGAGCACCAGUGCGAGGAACAGUACCGUGAGCAGCAGAAAAAGGGCGGGAGGGAUGGGUGGGCCAACCGCGACCCCGAAGAGGAGCUCCGGCAGUGCCGUCAGCAGUGCCGGAGCCAGCAGCGUGAUCCGCAGAGGUUGAGAGAGUGCGAGCAACGGUGCGAGCGGCGGUACGAGAAAGAGGAGCAAGGCGGGAGCCGGAGAGAGGAUGUCCUGGAGAUGAACCGAGACCCCGAGGAGCAGCUCCGGGAGUGCCGGCAACGUUGUCAGCAGCAGCAGCACCGCGACCCACGCCAGUUGCAGCAAUGUCAGACGCAGUGCGAACAGCGCUACAGAGAAGAGCAAGGUCAGGGAUCGGAGAGGAACGGCGACAACAGAGAUCCUCAGGAACGGCUCCGGCAAUGCCAGCAACAGUGCCAACAUCAGUACCGCGACCCACGGCGGAUGCAAGAAUGCCAAAGCCGAUGCGAGGACGAGUACAGACAGGAGCAACAAGAAGAAGAGCGGCGACAUGGCGGCGGGCAGAGCGAUGAAGACAACAGAGAACCGGUCCAAGAGUACCAGCAGUGCCAGCGACGAUGCGAAGAGCAGUACCGGGAUCCACGACAACGGCAAGAGUGCCACAGCCGAUGCGAAGAGCAGUACAGAGAGGAAACAGAACAAAGGAGGGGCUCCGGCGGAAACCCGAAGCAGCCCGAGGAGGAGCUACAAUGGUGCCGUGAACGGUGCCGACAGCAGCACCGCGACCCGCGCCAGCAGCAGGAGUGCUCGAAGCAAUGCGAGGAACGUUACCGGGAGCAGCAGAAGGGACGUCGAGGGAUCGACCUGGUGAUAGAGGUGAAGUAG